UUUUAAAUUUAUAAUAAUACCAACAAAACCACUUAGAUAGAAGCAAUCUAACAGACAGUGAAAUAAUUACGUUUCCUCAAUGUGAGGGUUUUCGGAGAAAAGCUGGUGGUCGUUAUAGGUCCUCAGGUAUUUCUUGGUGACCAGAUACAGCAUCAGACCCCAUUUCAUCAUCAUGAAUGACCAGACGAGACGGAUCAUGAUACUUGACUUGAUUGGAAGCACAUCGGCUUUAUAAUAGAUUUCCAAGAAUAGGUAGAAAAAUGUCAGAGCUAAUCCAGAGACGAAACCAACAAUGCCAAAGUCUCCAAUGUAUUGUAAUGCUUUUCUGGAAAAGUUUACAUGAAGGGACUCCUUUAGGUAGUGGCAAUGCAGCAUCAGUGCCAAUGAUGCAUGUGUACCAGAUAAUAGCGCCCACAUUCCGGCUUCAAUGUUUGCAUAAACAAGGCAAAAACAUAUAAAUGCAGACAAGCCUAAAACGGCUCCUAUAGCGCUUAUUGCUAUAUGAAUCUUAACUCGCAGCAUUGUGUUCACAAUUUGAUCAACUUCUAACAAAGAUAUAUUUACUGCUUGUGUCGAAAAAAACAAAGAGAUCGCGAUUUUCGUCACAUUUAUUUACGAACACAGCUGUAAAAUUAUAAAACUGUUUGUCAAUGUCAAGUGUCAACUGUCAAGUCAAUGAAAAUUCCUUG